UUUUGGGUAAAUUGAUCCCUUCCCCAGUAGAAAUCAACCCUGGCACACUUGUGUAGCGAAUUCGCGUCCCUCUGGCUGAAGGUCAGUGAAUCACAGCCCAAAGGUUCAGACAAGAGGUGUAUUUGAAUAUGAGCAUUGUUCCUAAAGAGACCAUUGAGGUGAUUGCGCAAAGUAUUGGGAUUAACAACUUGUCUCCUGAUGUCGCUCUUUGUGUUGCUCCUGACGUUGAAUACCGCGUGCGCCAGAUUAUGCAGGAGGCAAUCAAAUGCAUGCGCCAUUCUAGGAGAAUCACUUUGACUGCAGAUGAUGUUGAUGCUGCACUAAACUUGAAGAAUGUUGAACCAAUAUAUGGAUUUGCAUCUGGUGGUCCUGUACGGUUCAAAAGAGCUGUUGGACACAGAGAUUUGUUUUAUCUUGAUGACAAGGAUGUAGACUUAAAAGAUGUUAUCGAAGCUUCUUUACCAAAAGCACCCCUUGAUAGUGCAGUUACUUGCCACUGGCUUGCCAUCGAAGGCGUGCAACCUGCUAUUCCAGAAAAUGCUCCUGUAGAAGUAAUUUUGGCUCCUUCCGAUGUCAAGAAGCAUGAACAGAAGGAUGUUAACCUUCCAGUUGACAUCAAAUUACCUGUAAAGCAUGUACUAUCUAGAGAGCUUCAGCUGUAUUUUGAUAAAGUGGCUGAGCUAACUUUAAGCGAGUCUGAUUCAGUUCUCUUUAAAGAAUCAUUAGUAAGUUUGGCCACUGAUUCAGGACUUCAUCCAUUAGUUCCUUAUUUCACAUGCUUUAUAGCUGAUGAGGUUUCUCGUGGUUUGAAUAAUUUUCCUCUUCUAUUUGCCUUGAUGCGAGUUGUUCGUAGCCUUUUGCAAAACCCUCAUAUCCAUAUUGAACCUUAUCUACACCAGUUGAUGCCAUCUGUUGUGACCUGCCUUGUUGCCAAAAGGUUGGGAAGUAGGUUGGCUGACAACCAUUGGGAACUUAGAGACUUUACAGCUAACCUGGUUGCUUCAAUAUGCAAAAGGUUUGGACAUGUUUAUAGUAAUCUACAGUCCCGGUUGACAAAAACAUUGCUGAAUGCAUUCUUGGAUCCCAAGAAGUCAUUGACGCAACACUACGGUGCAAUUCAAGGGUUAGGAGCACUGGGACCCAAUGUGGUUCGCCUUCUUUUGCUGCCAAAUCUUGAAACAUAUAUGCAACUUCUUGAACCAGAGAUGCUUCUCGAGAAGCAGAAAAAUGAAAUGAAAAGGCAUGAAGCUUGGCGUGUUUAUGGAGCCUUGCUGCGUGCUGCAGGUCAGUUUAUAUAUGAUCGACUAAAGAUGUUCCCAACUUUUCCAUCUCCUCUUCUUCAUGCUGUCUGGAAGACCAAUGCAAGAGUUCUUACUUCUUCAACUAAUAAACGCAAGGCAAGCCUUGAGCAAUUAGAACACCAGCCACCUUUGAAGAAAAAUGCUACUGAUGGUGAGGUUGGUGUGGUUCUGACAAAUUCCUCUCCAUUUCGUAAGGAAGGGGAGGCAGGGAUUCAAGCUGAUUCAAUCAUGGGCUCAUCAUCAUCUUCUGGACAGAUGAAAAAUGAGACCACGUUAGAUGACGAAGUUAGAAGUAACAGGGAUGAUACUCAGGCAUUGAAGACAUCUGCUGCCCUCGCCCAGGUUUGGAAGGAUGAUCUGAAUUCUGGUCGUAUCCCGGUGUUACUGUUUGAGUUGUUUGGUGAAGGCAUUCUUUCCUUCGUUCGGGCUCCUGAGAUGUAUAUGUUCUUGUAACUUGGAGUAUUAUAAUAACUUUGUUUAUGCCUUUAUGGAUGGAUCAUGGAUAACCUAUAGAUAAUAAUUUUGAGCAAACUAAACUUACUCCUUUGUAUAAAAUUUAUAAUUUUCUUUUGUGGUUCAUGUGAAA